AGGUGGAGGCGGGCGAUGCAGGAGGGGGGGAGCAUGGGGCAACCCAUGGGGGGGGGAACGGUGGGCAGGGUGGUGGAGGGGGGGGGGGGGGGCGAGGGUGACCAGGAGUGGCAUCCCAAUGCGGAGGAAGAGGUGGAUGAGGUGUCAGGAGAUGGACCGGACAAGGGGAGGGGGAGGGGAAGGGGGAGGGGAAGGGGGAGGGGGAGGGCGAGGGGAGGGGCAGGGGAAGGGGGAGAGGGAGGGGAAGAGGUCGCGGCCGUGGUGGACCUGGUGGGGGAGGGCAGGGGCGAUUGCACUGGUUCGGCGUGGAAGCACAUGCGCUCGUUCCACAUGCCUCACCUACAGAUCUGGUAUCGCCUAUUCACUGAUCCCAACAAGCAGCCGGGGUUGGAGUUUCCGGCGAAGGGGUACCCGGGGGUUCCAGGCGGACCAGACCCGUGGGAGCACGCUGACGCAUACCCCGACCUCCAGAGUGCGGGCACGGGCGGUUCGG